AUGAGACGCAGCCGCUCUCCGAGUGCGCCCUCGCACUACCGGGGGACGGGGCAUCACAAUGGCAAUGGUGCUGAAUCUGACCCAGUUUCGCUCAUCCGAUCAUUCAACGUCGAAAAUAACCCUACACGCCCGAUGCGACCAUCUCCGCUUACCGCCUCGACGAUUCGAGAUAUGCCAUUGGAUCUGGUCGACCGCAUUCGAAGCUUUCCCCUCUUUCUCUCCGCCUCAGAGGAGUUUUUAGUGGCAAUUGGCAAUCACUUGAAACCGCAGGUACACGGACACAACGACCACAUCAUUACAGAGGGGGACGACGCAAAGGCCAUGUACUGGCUGGUGCGGGGCGUUGUCGCAGUCACAUCUCGAGACGGCGAGGCCGUUUACGCAGAGCUCAAAGCCGGUGCCUUCUUUGGAGAAAUUGGUGUCCUCAUGGAUAUGCCCAGGACCGCCACCAUCGUCGCCCGAACCAAGUGCCUUCUGCUGGUGCUGAAAAAGGAAGACCUGCAGACCGUCAUGCCCAAAUUCCCAGAGAUGGAGAAGGCCAUCCGGCAGGAAGCGCAAGAGAGACUGAGCGUACUAAAGAAAAAGCGAACAGAACGUGGUGCGACCCUUAAAUCCCCAAAGAGCGAUUUCGUUCCGCGACCAAAGACCACGGGCGAAGUGUCGACUGGAGAGACUGGCGCAAUCAAGGAUGGCACAGUGAUCAAGUCUAAGAAGCGGAAAUCUCCAAGCCCCAGUAUAAUUGAAGAUCCGGCCCUCGGCAGCGCCCUAGGCAGCGGCUUUGUUAACAUCCGAAAGACGCUUAAGGAACUUCCUCUCUUCAGCUCUCUCCCGCCAGAUAUUCUCCAUUUUCUGGGAUUGAGUGUUCAGCCAAAGACCUACCCCCCUUUCACCGACAUAAUAUGUCAAGGCACUCCUGGUCAUGAGAUUUUCUUCGUGGUGCGAGGCGAAGCGGAAGUGAUCCAUCAACAACCCAAAACAAAUAAAGAAGCAGAGAGUCUGACCAGAUCGAUCCAAAAACGGCCGCGGCUAAAAACAGGACAGUAUUUUGGAGAAGUUGCGAGCCUGGGCUUGUCUAGUGGGCGGACAGCAACAGUCAGGUCGAUUACCACGGUAGAGUGUUUAAUGAUACCGGGUGAGACGCUGGAUGAGCUGUGGUCUCGCUGUUCUCCGGACAUCAAACUGCAGGUGGAGCAGACAGCAUGGCAUCGAUACAACUACCGCGAUGAAGACGUUGACAUGACCGACGCGGGACAACAAGAGAAGACGAGCAAAUCAGACCCUCCGACCCCAAUACUCGCCCGACUCAGUCUACCCGAUGUCGAGUUUGCAGCGCCCCUGAAGUCGAUAUCCGCAAAAGUUAGAGAGGAUUCAGACACCAUGGAACCCAAGGACCCCGACCCGUUUCUGAGUGUUGAUAUGGAAAAUCUGAGGAACCGAAGGCGUCUGUCGAUUGCGCCGCCAACUGCUCAGACCGAGGCAUCCCCGACAACGCCUACUCGACAGAAUGGAGCGCGGCCUUGCCCUCCGGAACCGUCGUCUCCUGUAGCCUUCACCAUGCCGGACUUUGAAUUUGAUAUGCCCGCAAAACGGGCCAAGACACUGUCCCAUCGACCAGUCUCUCUUCAACAGUCCAUCAUCUCGGACAGCAUACUAGUUAACAUCUUUCAGUAUGCCGACGUAGGCGAGCUUUUGAGGCUACGUCAGGUCAGUUCGCGCUGGAAAUCUCUUGUCACUACGUCUCCGAAGCUCUGUAGAUAUGUCGAUCUCUCUCACUACAACAGGAGAGUUACCGACCAGGUCAUUAUCGAUGUGCUUGCACCUUUCAUCGGAACUCGCGCACUUGUUAUGGAUCUGAAUAACUGCUUCCACAUUACCGACGAAGGCUUCUCCGCAUUAUGGCGGGCUUGUGGCAAGAAUGUGCAAAAGUGGAAGAUGCGCUCACUGUGGGAUGUGUCAGCGAACCAGAUUCUAGAGAUGAGCGAGAAUGCCAAGGGUCUCGAGGAGAUUGACUGGAGCAACUGCCGAAAAGUCGGAGACAAUCUACUUGGUCGAGUUGUCGGAUGGGUUGUCCCCGAGCCGCCCCCAGCGAGCAGUAAAGUCGUGAUAUCUAGUUCAGGAGCGAAAGGAGCAAAAGGAGGAAAGGGUACGAAAGCAAAAGAAAAGUCUGGUCAGCAGUCUCCUACGCCCGCCCCAGGGACGGUCAUUGGCUGCGCCAAGCUGAAGACGCUGAAUUUAUCAUAUUGCAAGCACAUUACGGAUCGAUCGAUGGGCCAUCUUGCUGCUCAUGCCGCGAGUCGCCUACAGUCUUUGUCUCUUACUCGCUGCACAUCAAUUACAGACGCUGGCUUCCAGUCGUGGGCUCAAUUCAAAUUCGAGAAGUUGACACAGCUUUGCCUGGCGGACUGUACGUACCUGUCUGAUAAUGCCAUCGUUGCGCUGGUCAACGCUGCCAAGCACUUGACUCACCUCGACUUGUCAUUUUGCUGUGCACUUUCGGACACGGCUACAGAAGUCGUUGCCCUUGGCCUCCCCAAAUUGCGCGAGUUACGGUUGGCCUUUUGUGGUAGCGCUGUGAGCGAUAGCAGUUUGGAGAGCGUCGCUUUGCACCUUAACGAGCUUGAGGGCCUAAGUGUUCGAGGAUGCGUGCGAGUGACAGGAAAAGGCCUGGAAUACAUUCUCCGGGGCUGCACGCGCUUGAACUGGGUCGAUGUCAGCCAAUGCCGCAAUUUGGAACCGUGGUUGCGAGCUGGCAGUGUUGCAAAAUGGGGGUUCGACAGCCGGGCUUCAAAAUCAGAGUCGCCAUCGGUCAAUAGCUGGCCCACAACGGCAUUCGACAGCGUGCUUGGAGACUUGCCAACGCCGAGGACAAUGAGCGUCGCGAUGCUCACUACGCCAAGCUUCUUUCCAAGGCCUGGUGCUUCGCUACUAGGCAGGAAGGCGAGGCAACCUGGCCCUGCGCGCAUUGCGCAGCAGCGGCUGUUACCCGCCUUCCGGACAUCCAUGCGAAGCUUUCACCAACAAGCACCCAAAAAGCCGAGCAGCGCAUUCUUCACCUCCCGCAUUGCGUCAGCGACAACUCGCCAUGGAUUUGCGCGAUCAUAUUACCAGGAGGCCGCGACCCGACAGCAGUCUGUGACGAGCGGAACGGGACUCCGCAAGCUGCUUGUUGGAGGUGCCAUCUUUGGCGGCACGCUGGUGGCGAUCAACACCGUUUUCAACCGCGAGACGAGAGAGGAUGGCGGAAUGCCUCUGUUUGAGCGGGAAUACCUGAACAACACUUUCUUGCACACUGGUCUUGGCGUUGGCAUCAUUGGUUUGACGGCCAGGCAGAUGGUGCAGACGGGAUUCGUGUACCGCCUGAUGGUUACGAACCCGUGGGUUGUUGGAUUGGGUGGAUUGGCGCUGAGCUUUGCCACCAUGAUUGGAACUCGGUCUAUUAGCCCUGACAACUACAUCCCCAAGUAUGCUCUCUGGACUGCCUUUAACGCCACUCAGGCCGCCUUUGUCGCCCCUAUGCUGGCAUUUGUCCCCAUGCCCCUUCUCGCCCGCGCUGGCCUCUACACUGUUGCCAUGAUGGGUGCCCUGUCUGUUGUCGGCGCUACCGCCAAGCAGGAGAAAUACCUCUACAUCGGUGGACCUCUUCUGGCUGGUGCUGCUAUCAUCGCCGCUUCUGGCCUGGCCCCUCUUGUCAUCCCCGCUACCGCUGUCCGGACGCUGGCUUUCACUCAGAACAUCUGGCUGUAUGGUGGUCUUGCCGUCUUUGGCGGCUUCACUCUGUAUGACGUGCAGAAGGUGUUGCACCACGCCCGCCUGGCUCAGGCUGGUGUUAUCAAGCGGGAUCCCGUCAACGAGAGCAUUUCCCUGGAGUUGGACUUUUUGAACAUCUUCAUCCGCAUGGUUCAGAUUCUCAUGAUGAACCAGAACCGAAGGAAGUAA